AUGAGUUCAGAGCCAAACAACCCCCUUCCCAACACGCUCGCUGAAAGGUCUCCGGGGGCUAAAGCACAACAAAUGAGGAUAUCAUCUCAGACGGCUUCCAAUGAUGGCUCUACUUCUACUGAGGAAUCCCACAGUCAUGUGCCCGAUAUCACACGGCUGACAUCAAUUAGGCUUCCAAACCAUAAGCGCCAACACUCCGAUUCUCAGACAAGUGACCAUACGUCAACACAAAGCCGAAGACCUCUCUCUAAUGAGAGGUGGGAAGCAUACAAAGAUAAAAUUCAUCAGCUAUAUAUAAACGAAAAUAAAACGCUUCAGGAACUUAUGGCGAUCAUGAAGGAGAACCAUGGCUUCGAUGCUUCGGCUAAAAUGUAUAAGACGCAAUUCAAAAGAUGGGAUUUUACUAAGUAUAACAAAUCUUAUUCGUGUGAAAGUCCUCAGCGGGCAAAAGAAUCACAGGACCAAGCACUGCACGGGCUUGCUGGUUCGUCAACAGAGGCGCCGGUCACCAUUGAGGGCUCCCAGGACACUCAUAUGAUACUAAAUGAUGAAUGA